AUUAACUUCAAUGGAAUAAUUAUUUAAAACCAAGAAAGAGCAUGUUCUAUCCAUUCACAGUACGUAAACUUGAAGUGAGUAGUAAGAACAUCGAGGAAGACUGCUGAACUUUUGAGCUUUAGUCUCAAAUUUCUGAAGCUGAACUGAACCGAAGCCAUCUUUGUUCUCUCUCUCAGCUCAGAAGUUCAAAAAGAUAAUAUGCUUUCUUCUUCUCACUUCAAUCUUACCUCCACUCUCUUCCUCCAACCCUUAAACCCUGCAAAACUCUCAAAACCCACCUUCAUUCCUACGCUUCGUAGAACCUCUCCAAUUACGACAUGUGCUUCCCCACCCGAAUCCGAACCCAAACCCAGAAAGCCACCCCCCAUGGAUGGCAAAAAGCCCACCUCCAAAUUCCGAAAAAAAUCUUCCUACGGUACCUCCAGAAGGUCUAUUCUCAAGAAGACACUCAGGCAAGAGCAGGUCACCUUUAGUACUCCGGUUCCCGACGACCCAGUUGUUGGAAUCAUUGGUGGAGGUAUGGCCGGUCUCCUUUGUGCUCUCAAUUUGGAGAAACGUGGUGUACGCUCCACUGUAUUCGACACGGGGGUUCAUGGUCUAGGAGGAAGAAUGGGAACCAGAGUUAUUGAUCCUCAGCCACUAAUUUUUGACCAUGCGGCUCAAUUCUUCACUGUGAACGAUCCUCGGUUUGCUGAGCUUGUACAAGGUUGGUCAGAUGGAGGUCUGGUUCAACAAUGGCAGGGUACAGUGGGGGAGCUUGAAGCUGGAGGUCAAUUUCUUCCACUUCCUUCUUCUCCUCCGAGAUAUGUAGCCACCAAUGGCAUGCGUUUCCUUGCUGACUCAAUAUUGUCACAGACGAGCAUGGUUGAUGUGAUGAGACCUUGCUGGAUUAGUAAACUUGAACCGUACAACGGGAUGUGGUACUUGAGCGAGAAUGGAAAGCCAAUGGGGAAGUUUGAUGCAAUUGUUAUUGCGCAUAAUGGCAAAUGUGCAAAUCGCUUGCUUGCAUUAUCAGGUUUACCACUGAUUGCAAAGCAAAUGAAGAGGUUGGAAUUGAGUUCUAUAUGGGCACUCCUAGCAGCAUUCGAUGAUCCUCUUCUUGUCCCUGAAAGGGAUGGAUUAUCUUUUGAAGGCGCAUUUGUAAAGGGCGUUGAUUCUGUCUCGUGGAUGGCAAAUAAUACAAAGAAACUUCUAGGUUCUAGCAGUGAUGGCCCUGACUGUUGGACUUUCUUAAGUACUGCAGCUUAUGGAAAGCAUAACAAAGUUCCACAGGAAAAUAUACCAAAUGCUACUGCAGAGAGGGUAAAGGCAGGAAUGCUUGAGGGUGUUGAAGUUGCUCUAGGAUUAGCCAGAGGCUCACUUCAAAAACCAUCCUAUACACGACUGCAAUUAUGGGGUGCGGCUCUCCCAACUAAUACACCUGGUAUACCCUGCAUCUUUGAUCCUCUUGGAAGAGCCGGCAUAUGUGGUGAUUGGCUUCUUGGCUCAAGUAUGGAGUCAGCAGCCUUAAGUGGAAUGGCUCUAGCCAAUCAUAUUGCAGACUAUUUUCAGAACCCUGGAGUCCCUGAUGAAUUUGCUGUUGGGUUACACACCGAGUUUCAACCACUGGAGGGACAUGAUAUUGGACAAUUUCCAGGGAUGGAAUCCAAAAAGCAAAGCAACCAAGUCAAGGAGUAUCAACUUACCAAAUAAAAGUGUCCCAUCAAAGCAUUACAAACAAAUAUAUUCUUUUUUUUCUUUUCCUUUUGCUUCUUCUUUUGUUGUUUUGUAUAUACAGUAGGAAAAUUAAAUUACGUCGAAAUCUUUUAGAGUAAACAAAUAUUGAAAAGCA